AUGACACCAACCACCACCCUUAAUGCCAGCCGGCAGAAGCAGCAGCAGGCGCAUCCUUCUUCUCCUUCACCAGCGGAAACCUCAUCCCCGUGUGAAGACAAAGACAACGACCCGUCAACUUCUGGAGUUGGAGCUUCUAACGAGCCAAUAUGGAUCCCCUCUGACGUCGCCUCCGACUCGGAGGAUGACGACGGUCAAGAUUUUGAUGACUCGCGAUCCGACGCCACGCUUCCAUCGAUCAACAGUUUUGCUGCACAGUCUCAGCCCAGGCACACCAUCCAUGCAGAAGCCGAAGAGAUGAGCUUAGGCGACGAGUCUAACGGCGAAGAUCAAUUCCCACGCAAGCGCCGUAGGGUCUCGAGGUCUUCUGCCAGUUCGCUGCGCGAUGCAGCAGCUAGUGUUGAGCGCCCUCGUCGGGGAAGACCGUCUUUGAGAUCGAGAUCUACCCGGUCAUCCCAGGCAAUGUCCGAUGAGACCGAAGUCAGGGCGGUUCUCGCCAGGUUUGAGGAAUGGCCGCUUGAGAAUGCUUCGCUCAAGCGCAUAACUGAGAACGGCAAAACCACUUUCCAGUUACAGUUCGAUUGGACUCCUUGUACAAAUGGGCAGGCUAGCAGCACUGUUCGGGAUCGAGUUGAUUCGCCCUCGACACAGACGACAGGCAAGACCAAGCGAGCUUCAGCUCCAAAAAUCAAGUACACCCCACAGGAGAAUGACCUUCUUAUUAAGUUGAAGGAGGGGAGUGAGAUGAUUACGUGGCCCGAGAUCCACAGGCGGUUUAGUGAAACCUAUCCAGGGCGGUCUGUCGACAGUCUACAGGUGCAUUACUCUACGAAACUUAAGGGUCGUAAGAGACUCUAG